AUGGACAUGCGAACAGUCCUUUUCAUGGUUCUGCUAUACAGUAGUGGACAGCCGAUACUGGGAGAAGCGGGCACAAUGGACGACUGGAUUAGACUGAGGGAUAGCCUGUUUUCUAACUACACCAAGGAUAUUUACCCUUUGCACAACUUCAGUGAUACACUGAAUAUAGAUAUAUCGAUGUUUCUUUUAUCUAUUAUUGACUUCGAUGAAGUUUCUGGUGUCAUAACUUUAAGUGCGGGUUUAAUGCUGAAUUGGAAUGACUAUCGCCUACAGUGGACACCAAGCGAGUACGGCGGAAUUGAAGCUAUACAAGUGAAUUCUACAAAUGUCUGGACACCAAAGGUGUAUGUACUUACAGCUGCAGAUGACCUCCGCCCGUUUGGCAGCGAAGAAUUCAGUGUAGAUAUUUCGUAUACUGGCAGGUUAGACUAUGUUCCGGGAAAGCUUUUGAAAUCCACAUGUUCCGUGGAUAUGUCCAAGUUUCCAUUGGAUACUCAGACAUGCAAUAUGCAAGUGAUGCUUUGGAGAUCUCCGUCUACUGUAAAACUGACUUAUAAUAGAACGGAUUUUAUUCUUACGUGGUAUACGACCAACGGAGAAUGGGAUAUUACCAAAACUAACGUCUCAUAUUAUAUGGCAUAUGGAUCACCGUCUACGACACUGGAUUUUAUGCUUCAGAUAUCUAGACGACACAUCUACUUCAUUGUGUCAAUGACGAUACCGGUUUUGUUGUUAUGUUUUCUCAAUCCGUUCGUGUUCCUCCUGCCGUCUUCCUCGGGAGAGAGGAUAUCCUACACUAUCACGAUGUUCCUGUCACUUACUGUCUACAUGACACUCAUAGGAGACAUUCUCCCUAAAGUGUCAGAAAACAUGGCUGGGAUGUCUUAUUUCUUGCUGUUAACCUUAUUCUACAGCGGUAUUUUGAUUGUAUUGACGAUAUUCACACUUCGGUGUGAAGCUGCUGUAGAUGUUAAAGAGUUUCCAAGAUGGUUGAGGAGACUAACACACUACUGCUGUAAAACGAAUGAAAACAAAGUUUCCAAUGACACAAACUUGAUAAAAAGUUUUGAUCUGAAAAACCAAAAAGAAGAUGAAGUUACUGGAGUAGUUGAUAUAGAUGCAGAGUUUGUGGAUGUUCAACUCAAGGACGUGAUGCAAGUCAUUGACAAGUUUCUUGUGUUUUACGCUGGAGCUUGGAUAAUAAAGAAACUGAAAGGAAUUAGUGAACCACUUCAUCAGAGCAGAUUUCUAAAGAUGCAUGCUAUAGAAACAACCCAUGAAUGUGGUGUGUGUUUUAAGUUAUUUGAUGAGGUAUCAAGUCUACAGAUUCAUCUCCAGACUCAUCUAGACCAGACGCCAUCUAUCUGCAAUGUCUCUGGUAAGGGUUUUGAUCAUCCUUGUAUACUUAAGGAUCAUUUAGAGACAAAUACAGUGGAGAAGUCAUACAAAUGUGAUAUUUGUGAAAAGAAGUUUACUAGGCCAUAUGGUUUGAAAGUACACUACAUGACUCAUACAGGAGAAAGGCCAUACAAAUGUGACAUAUGUGGUGAAACAUUUAAGGAACCAAGUGCAUUACAGAUACACCUGAGUGUUCAUACUGAGGAGUUGUUAUGCAAAUGUGGUGUUUGGUGGUAUAUCUUCCCUAAAACAUCACCUCAGAGUUCACACAAGAGAAAAGCCAUACAGAUGUGA